GGACCACCCACUUUUCAAGCUUCUGGCAAGCUUUUGGAGCACAACCAGCAACAUCUUCCAAAUGUGAGCAGGAUCCUUUGGACCACACCUCGGACUUUUCCGCACCUCCAGCUGGCUUUCCCGGUACGCAGGACGGCCGGAUUUUACCUUCUAUCAGCAAAUGGGGGUGUUGCUCUCUUGAGUCGACAUGAACCGCAAUAGCCAUGACUGAAACCGUAACAGUCACGACAAUGGCUGCCGCCAAUGGCACCGUCGCCGCCAAGAUCAGCGAAGGGGCCCCGACGGCCAGGAACCAAAGUUCUGGCGUAGCCACUGGGGAGCGUGCGUCACCCACCAGACCGGCACUACACCAGAUCUAUGCUCUCCCUGCUCCAAUUCGGACCUUUCCCCUCCCCACAUUUUACCCGAGUAAUCCGAUCUCGCUGCUGUAUUUGGUCUAUACCUGGCUGAGCCAUGUCUUGCGACCUCCUCCACGCGAGCCGUCGGUUAUACACACUGGCGUGUGGGACGCGGAAACGCGCUCGGUGCAUGUCAGAGACGAUUCGUCGAUACGCGCGCUCUGGGAGCAAGGCUUCUACGGAAAGGGGAGCCUCAGUCGAAGUGAGCCAAACUGGCUCAAGCGAGAGCUGGCCCGACGGGGCUCGCCGGAAGGCAAGACCGUCAGCGAGGCACGCACGGAGAUGCGGCGAGAGGAGCGCCGUCUGGCCAAGUGGGAGAGAGCGAAAGCCGAAUUGGAAGCCAUUGAGAGGCAGAGGUUGGCAGAGGCCGCCUCUCAGGCCUCUGAUAGCGGAUCGAGCAAGUUGGCCGGAGGGCUUAGCAAGCCCGCCGAGGUAGCAGAUACAUCUGCCAAUCCUGCCCACUCUACUAUUGUAGAACCGGCAGGCACUGUGGAAGGAACCUCGGCAGAGGCCGCGCCCGCUGAAGCUGCUCGGCCUCCACAUGCGGGUGCCCAGCCCGCCAGUCAUGCCCGCAAUUGGGACUUCAAGCCGCCUGUUGGCCCGGCAGAACUGCUCGCCCUUCCUAACUCUCUUGCAAAACCAAAGUGCCCAGAAGACGGAUCAAUAUCUGAUCGACUUCGCAAGCACCCGCUUGACGGAAAGCCGCCAGUUGGCCCGGCUGAACUUGUUAUGCUUCCUAAUUCUAACGCGGAGCUGAUGGGACCGGUGUCACGGCGCAUUGGAGGGCUUGCCGUCUCUGAGUCGGAAACCAGUGCUCCAGACCAACGCGUGUUGCAGACAGCUCUAGACCCGAAUGGCGAUGCAAAGGCUUUUGAUAGCCAGCCUUCUACCAACGGGAUGGUUGACGGGGUUGUACCUAAGGCGAGUGCCUCGGUUGCCAGUCAAGACGUGGACGAGAUGUUCAUCAAUGGCGCCGCCGAAAAUGAGUCUGUCGAAGAACGGAGCUCGCCUCCUUCGACGCUUUCAGAUGGGCCCACCUCGGAUUCAUCAGCUCCAGGCUUGGAAGGCGAUGUCUCACAGCCCCAGGAGCGCCGCAAGAGUGUUCGCUUCUCGCCUACGGUUGAGUCUGCUGCGUUCCUGCGCUCUGACCCGCCAAGUCCGGGUCGCUCGGCUGAUCUUUCGUCGAAAAGCGUUUCUUCGUCGGCACUACCUAACGGUGGAGUGGCGACUCUUGAGCCGGAGGUACCCUCUCCUAUUCCUCCUGCUGCCGCGCCUGGCACGAGUAGCACCGCCGACGUGUCCCGGGAUACCUCUACCAGUGUUGUCAACAGAGAACACUUUCAGCUCGCACCCGAGGAAGCCUUCUUCUUGGCCUUUUCCCUCGGCGCCCUCAAAGUGGUGGACCCUGUGACAGGCUCUCCGAUUUCCACCGAGCACCUUUUACAACUCUUCCGGGCACACUCUUACUUCCCCCCUCGACUGGCUAGUUCCGACCUCAGACCUGACGACCCGUUCCUGGUGAACUACGCCGUGUACCACCACUUCCGCUCUCUGGGUUGGGUUCCCCGCCACGGCAUCAAGUUUGGCGUCGACUGGAUCCUCUAUCAGCGCGGGCCUGUCUUCGACCAUAGCGAGUUUGGCGUCAUGGUCAUGCCUGCGUAUUCGGAUCCGGCUUGGGAGGGAUAUGGCCACGAGGAGCCGAAGCGGUCCUGGUCGUGGUUGAUGGGUGUCAACCGGGUCCUCUCGCACGUGCUCAAGAGCCUGGUGCUCGUUUAUGUGGACUUGCCCUCGCCCGCCGUGUUUGAGAAGGAGAUGCAGCGGGGCGGCAUCGCAGCCGCGCUCAAGAAAUACACCAUUCGGGAGGUUAUGGUUCGGCGUUUCUCUAUCAACAGAAACCGCUGAUGAAAAAAGGAGAAAGCGCGAGCUGCAUAGGUGGCGUUGGGGUCGAAAUGCUGUAUUGUUUUGUGUAAAAGUAUAUCAUGGGGUGUCACGGCGUUG